GCUGCAAACUGAUUCCCCCACUCAGUCCUUUCUCAAAAGACUCUCGACUCUGUUCCAAUUACCAUCCUCCCUGAAAUCUGUGCGGUGCUUCUUGCGGCAGGUACAGGUACAGUGGCAAUGGCGAUGGCGAUGGCGAGGCUGGUGCGCCAGAUCUGUGCUGCCUUGGCCCUCUUCUGCGUGUCCCUGGUGACAGGGGACGACCCUUAUAGAUUCUACACUUGGACUGUGACUUACGGCACCAUCUCCCCACUGGGUGUUCCCCAACAGGUUAUCCUGGUAAACGGUCAAUUUCCUGGGCCAAGUCUUGAUGUGGUCACCAAUGACAACUUGGUGCUCAACUUGAUCAAUAAGCUGGACGAGCCUUUUCUUCUUACUUGGAACGGGAUCAAACAGAGGAAGAACUCAUGGCAGGACGGAGUCCUGGGCACAAAUUGUCCCAUCCCUCCGAACUCUAACUACACAUACAUCUUUCAACCCAAGGACCAGAUUGGUUCUUUCACAUAUUUCCCAUCGACAGCCCUGCACAAGGCUGCUGGUGGAUAUGGAGCGCUUAACGUCUAUCAGAGACCUGGGAUUCCUAUACCUUAUCCACCUCCUGCUGGAGAGUUUACCUUGCUUAUUGGCGAUUGGUUCAAGACCAGCCAUAAGACCUCACGCCAGACUUUGGACUCUGGAAGAUCUCUUCCUUUCCCUGAUGGUGUCAUUGUUAAUGGCCAGGGUCAUGCGACUUUCACCGGUGACCAAGGUAAAACAUACAUGUUCAGAAUCUCAAAUGUCGGGCUGUCAACCUCGUUGAACUUCAGGAUUCAGGGCCACACACUGAAGUUGGUCGAGGUCGAAGGAUCUCAUACGGUUCAGAACAUAUAUGACUCUCUCGAUGUUCAUGUUGGCCAAUCGAUCACCGUCCUGGUGACACUAAACCAGCCACCGAAGGACUACUAUAUUGUUGCAUCAACUCGGUUCACGAAGACUGUGCUCACCGCUACAGCUGCUCUCCACUACUCAAACUCUCACACCCCUGUUUCCGGGCCUCUGCCAGCUGGCCCGACAAUCGAAGUAGACUGGUCCAUUAAACAAGCUCGAACCUACAGGUGGAAUUUGACUGCGAAUGCUGCUAGACCAAACCCCCAAGGCUCUUUCCACUAUGGAAAGAUCACGCCAUCGAGAACGAUUGUGUUGGCCAAUGCGGCCCCUCUCAUCAAUGGAAAACAACGUUAUGCCGUCAAUGGGGUCUCCUUCAUCAAUGCUGAUACUCCUCUUAAACUUGCCGACUAUUUCAACAUUCCUGGAGUAUUCCGCACAGAUUCCAUGCAGACUAGUCCCUCUGGCGGUUCUCCAUCCAUUGCCACCUCUGUGAUACAGGCCUCCCUGCAUGACUUUAUCGAGAUUGUCUUCCAAAAUAAUGAGAACACCAUUCAAUCCUGGCAUCUCGAUGGCUACGAUUUCUGGGUUGUUGGGUAUGGUAACGGGCAGUGGACACCAGCCAGUAGGAGCAGCUAUAAUCUCGUCGACACGCUCACAAGACACACUGCUCAGGUGUAUCCAAAUUCAUGGACCAGCAUAUACAUGUCAUUGGACAACCAAGGCAUGUGGAACGUGCGAUCAGCAAUAUGGGAACGGCAGUAUCUCGGUCAGCAGUUCUAUCUAAGGGUCUGGAAUCCGGUACAGAGCCUCGCCAACGAGUACAGCAUUCCCUCCAAUGCUCUGCUCUGUGGCAAAGCCGCGGGACGACACCAUUAGAAAGACGGACUUUUAGACUAUUUAAGUAAUUUGUUCAUUCAAUUAGAGUCAUGAAGGUAUGACUGCAGAGAAUUGAAAAGAAGUAAAGAAGCUGUUCCUUAUUAGGUUCUUAGUCCUGAGCCAGUUACAUGUAUCGGAAUCAUGCGAUAGCUAUUCAGUUAUAUAUUUAUCUCGGUUCAAAAUCCAAAUUCUAUGGUUCUGGGUGU